AUGGCGGGCAAUGCCAUGGAAGAUUUGCUGGGGCCACCAAGCACUGGGCAACAGUACAGCCACCAGCAGUACAUACCCGGGACGGAGUACUACACCCCGCCUUCAGCACCAGAUCCAGGCAAGACAGUGGAUCUUUCUGGCCACAGCGCCGCGAGCUAUUCGACUCCCCAGCCGGGUCCUAGCUUUCGGCCUCCUAGUGGUCCGAGCAGCAGCAGCAGCACCGGCUUCGGAUCGCGAGAUCGAGGGCCUUCCAGCUUGGAAGGAGGGAGCGGGCCGACGCUGUCCUUGUCCAGCUUGAACCCACAAGCUAUCAUGCAGCAGCUGACAUCGCGGCCAUUAACGGAAGUGGUAACGGAGCAGGGGCGCAACCUGAUGCAAAUUCCUCGCUACAUGGCGAGAGCGUACACAGCCGCAGCUCGCCGAUAUUUGCGGCCUUGGAAUGAGUUCGGCCGUCUCAAUCCGAGCAGAAUCCUCGAGGGUGUGCGGCAAGCCUCUCGCCGUGGUGAGAUUCAAAUCUACUUCCAGCGGAAUGUGAUUGCAAACGCACGACACUUCUGCCCGAACUAUGCUUUCAUCUUUCUGGCGAUGCUGUUUAUGUUCGUUUGCACAUCGCCAAUGCUGCUAAUGAUGCUUGCUGGAGUUGGUGGUGGCUGGUCCCAUGCCAUGCGCAGUGAACAGUUCAGAAAUCGUCCAUGGACGCUGGCGAUAGGUGGUGUCCAGGUGCCUCUUGGAUCCAACAUGAAAAUGUUGAUCAUGGCCUUGCCAACACUUCUCUUCCUGCACCUCUUCAUGGGUCCAGUCCUGUGGUCCGCAGCAUUGUGCAGUGGUGGUGUGAGUCUGGCGCAUGCUGCCUUACGGGACCGUGACGAUGUGGAUAAGCUGGAUGAUGCUGAUGACAGGGACGGAGACUCGUCCUGGUCCAAAGGACGCGUCCGUGAGCUACCCUGA